AUGGGGUACAAUUUGUCCUAUGGAAAACUGCCAGAGAGCCGCCCCAGCCCCGAGAACAGCAGCUGGCCCAACGGCAGCUCGGCGGCGCGGGACGAGUUCACCACCAUCGUGCUGCCCGUGCUCUACCUCCUCAUCUUCCUGGCCAGCCUCCUGCUCAACGGCCUGGCCGUCUGGAUCUUCUUCCACAUCAGGAACAAGACCAGCUUCAUCUUUUACCUCAAGAACAUUGUGGUGGCAGACCUGCUCAUGACGCUGACGUUCCCGUUCAAGAUCAUCCAGGACUCGCGGCUGGGGCCGUGGCACUUCAACUCCUUCCUGUGCCGCUAUAGCACGGUGCUGUUCUACGCCAACAUGUACACCACCAUCGUCUUCCUGGGCCUCAUCAGCAUCGACCGCUACCUGAAGGUGGUGAAGCCCUUCGGGGACUCGCGCAUGUACAGCAUCACCUUCACCAAGGUGCUGUCGGCCUGCGUCUGGGUGGUGAUGGCGUUCCUGGCGCUGCCGAACCUCAUCCUCACCAACGGCUACCCCACCAGGCGCAACGUGGACGACUGCCUGAAGCUGAAGUCUCCCCUGGGAGUCAAGUGGCACGCGGCCGUCAUCUACAUCAACACCUGCAUGUUCGUGGUGGUGCUGGUGGUGCUGAUAGGCUGCUACAUUGCCAUUUCCAGGUACAUCUACAAAUCCAGCAAACAGUUCAUCAGCUCCUCCAGCCGGAAGAGGAAGCACAACCAGAGUAUAAGGGUUGUCGUGGCUGUGUUUUUCACCUGCUUUUUGCCCUACCAUUUGUGCCGAAUACCCUUCACUUUCAGUCAUCUGGACAAAAUUUUAGAUGACUCUGCACAUAGAAUCUUGUAUUACUGUAAGGAAAUGACCCUGUUCCUGUCCGCAUGCAACGUCUGUCUGGAUCCCAUCAUUUAUUUUUUCAUGUGCCGAUCAUUCUCUCGAAGGCUGUUCAGGAAAUCCAACAUGAGAACCAGGAGUGAGAGCAUCAGGUCCCUGCAGAGCGUCAGGAGGUCGGAGGUGCGCAUCUACCACGAGUACACCGACGUCUGA